AUGAUUGUCUUAGAUUCUCAUGGUAUUAAACAAACAUUUCAUGCAGUAUUUGAUGUCUCAACAGAUCAGACCACAGUUGCAUAUUUUGCCUGCCCCAAAAAAUGUGACUUGGCCAACGGCCUAAAUAAAGACUUUCCACAGCCACUAGGCAAACUAUGGAGUGAGGAUCUUACAGGCCAGGAAUACAAAGUCCCAAAUCCCACAGACAUCAAUAGCAGUUUUAUUGUAGAUCCUGAGCCAGUCAUUGCCCCAACUUCAAUCUUUGUGCAGAUGUUUGAGCAUAUUUUCACGAGAACGGGUGAGAUUUAUAACUUCACAGUACCACUUAUAUCAUUCAUGGAUGUCAUUUCUGGCAAUGUCCCCAAGCAAUGGAAUAAACACCACAUAGUUUACAUGUUGAAUGCAGCUAUGCCUCAGGAGAAGAAUACCACUAGAGUGAUAGUCCAGGGCAUCAGGAAAAACUCAAAAAUCACCAGGGAAAACAAGCUUGUUGCAGAGGAGCUAGUUGGCAUUUUUCAAAAUGUGGGAGUAGAAGCAAAGAUUGGCAUUAUCACAAUGUACAAUGCCACACCAAAUGAUUGUGCUAUGGAAGAACUAGCUGAUAUUUUAAGCAACAAGUAUUCAAUUACCAACUUUGAUCCUAUUGAAGAAUGUAUAUGUUGCUUUGCACAUAUCAUUAAUCUUUGUUCUCAGGCCAUUAUCAAGUCUUUCUCAAAGCUAGGAGAAGUUGAUAACAAUGAAAACCUGGUUAACUUGAAUCCUGGUAUUCCUCCCUUUGAAGCCAGCCAACAGACAUGGGAGCAGACAGCAGCACAGGAUUUACUUACAAUUUCAAGAAAAUUCAUAUGUGCUGUCAGGAAGUCAUCUUACCGUCAAGAGCAAUUGCAGUAA